AAGAGUUUAAGCUUGAAAAUUAGGUAGCAUAACCAUCGAAUCAAGAUUUCCAAAAUAUCAAGGUGCAGCAGAGCAGCCGCAUCUUUGAAAAAAAUUCGUGCACAGGACAUUUGGAAAACAAUUAUUUUAAUCUUGAUUUGUUCAUAAGCUGAGUAAUUUUCAAAUUUAAUCAUUUUUCGCUCGGGUAUGCCAAAUGUGAUUGACGAUUGUACGGGUAUGCGUGUGUGCGCGUGUAUUUCUUAACGAAUGCCGCAGCAAUGCGACAUCGACUGAGUCAGUAUGCGCUCGUACGAACAAUCGAGUUUCUAGUCUCGAGGCUCACAAUUGGGCUCGAGUUUCGUGUCGUUGGUCGCCCGUUUAACUCGUCCAGCUGUAGAAUGUACCUUGAAAACUGUGCCGUCAUCUCGCUCUUCAUAAUUUCUGUAUUUUUGGUUAAUUCAGUGAACAGUUUUAGUUGUUAUACCUGCUCAUCAACCGAAAAUAGCGAGUGCUUGACCAAUCCGGUUCAGGACAAAUUUAUAACCGAGUGUAAUCCGAAAAAUGAGCUAGUAAAUAAUGGUAAGAUGACCAUAGGCAAACUAAACUUCACCGACGAGGGGAUUGUGGUAGAUAAUAACACGGUAUUACAUAUGGAUAUUGCCAAAAUCAAGGCAUUAAUUAAGUAACAAUAAUGACUUUUAAUCGAUAUCUCUGAACGAUAAGGCCUCGGUUAUAGCAACAAAUCGACUUUCGACAUCGGCGAGAUAUUUUUAACACAAGAGCUGCGUAUAAAUAAUCUCAAAACUUAACGGGCCGGUGUCAUGGAUAAAUCGUAACUAAAAUCAGCCGAAGAUGUUGUUUUCGCUGGCGAGUGUUCUCCUCCUAGCCGCAGUCAGCAAUGCCGCUGACGAUACCGUGCCACGAAUUUACGGUGGUAACAGCGUCGAGGUCGAAGACUUCCCCUACCAGGUGAGCAUAGAGUCGAGAAAUCGCCACAGCUGCGGAGGCUCCAUCAUCGGGCCGCAGUGGAUCCUGACGGCCGGUCACUGCGUCUCCGAAUACUAUCUGAGCCAAACGACCGUCCGGGCCGGUACGUCGUUCGUCGAGUCGGGCGGCAGCGUGCAUCGCAUCGAGAAGUUCGCGAGGCACCAGCGAUUCCGCAUGUACGGGCGAGGCGCGCCCGAGGGCGACAUCGCCCUGCUGAAGCUGCGCGAUCCGAUCGUACUCGACGACAAGCGCCGACCGAUCGAGCUGUUCGGGCCGGGCGAGCAAGUCGAGCCGGAGGCGACGGGCGUAGUCUCGGGCUGGGGCCAGACGCCUGCCACCUGGAAGCCGAGCCAGCUGCAGGCCGUCCACGUGCCCAUGAUCGGCAAGGAGCUGUGCAGCGAGCUCUACCGCGAGAGGGUCGGUCCGCUGCCGUCGGGCGAGAUCUGCGCCCUGGUCUACGGCAAGGGUGGCCGGGACGCCUGCCACGGCGACUCCGGCGGACCGCUGGCCAUCGGCGGACGCCUCGCCGGCGUCGUCUCCUGGGGCGACGGCUGCGGCCUGCCCUAUCGGCCGGGCGUGUACACCGAGGUCGCUUUCUAUCGCGACUGGAUCGAGCAGGUCAUUAGGGAAAAUUGAAUACGUAAUUCGAUUCAACGUGAUUAGUCGAGGUUUUUUUAAACUUGAUGUAGCUUAAGUUUUGUAAUUUUUUUUUAAUACAAAAUGUGCGGCUGAUAAUGCGUUCAACGCCGCUGUCGAAAAAUGGAAAAAAAUA